CACGGGUCCGGACGUGUUCUGGAGCGGUUUACCUUCCCGGCGUCCCACUGGUCCAGUACCGCCGGCAGGUUCGGCCGGCAGGCGGUCGCCGCGUGCCACCGGAGCCCCAGGAGCAGGGGUGAACGCCGCGAAGACCUCCCGGGCCCCCGACACUAAGAGGCGCCCACCGCCGCCCCGCCACGCCGGAUCCCCUCCCCCACCCCGCCGAGCAGACCCGCCUUCCAGCCGCGCGCCACCCGUCUUCCGUGCCGCGCGGAAUCUCGCUGCUGAGACCGCCUAAAGCCACACCUCCCGCGUGUGGCCACGCCCCCGGAGCUCCGCCUCUGCCGCCCGCAUCCCACCCUCUGCCCCAGGACCCCGAACUCCAAUGAUCCUUCAGCAGCCCCUGGAGCGUGGCUCCCCGAGUCGGGCCCAACGCGACUCGGGGCUGCCUCGAAGCCUGGACGCGAGCUCCCCCCUCCGAGGAGCUGUGCCCCUGAGCACCAAACGGCGCCUGAAGGAGGAGCAGGAGCCCCAGCGCAAGCAGUUCCUGUCUGAGGAGAAUAUGGCCACCCGCUUCUCUCAGCUCAGCCUGCAUAAUGACCACCCUUACUGCAGCCCCCCCCUGGCAUUCUCCCCCGCUCUGCCCGGACUCAGGAGCCCUUGCUCUGAACUGCUUCUCUGGCGCUACCCUGGAAACCUGAUCCCUGAGGCUCUGAGGCUGCUGAGGCUGGGGGACACCCCUGCCUCCCACUACCCUGCAACCCCAGCUGGGGAAAUAAUGGAGCCCUGAGGGCCGGCAGACCAUGUACCUGCCCACGCUGCUUCUCCCCCACAACGGCGGAGAUCAACACCCUCAUGAAGGGAACAGCUGCCCUGCUUUUCCUCCAGACCAGGCCUGUGAGCAUCAAGACUUUCCCCCAACAGAGAAAGACAGAGCCUGGGGUAGGAGGGACAGUAGCAUGAAAAGGGAGGCAUUCUCCCCCAUCCCCCCCCACCCCCACCACAGAAGAAAUGAAUAAACAUUGCUGAGCAGA